AGUCUGUUGCCACCUAGUGCAGAGUACCGUGCGUUCAUCCCAGUAGGUGGCAGUAACGUGACCAGAAAUGGGGAUUAUGAACGUCAAACACAUGCGCAGUGGCCUGUUGUGUUAGCUAAUCCCCAACGCUUCACGAAAGGAUGGCAGGGUACGGUUUAUUCUGCUCUACAAUGACAAUGACAAUGAAAUGCCUUGUGACCAAUACACCCGUGUGGUUUUGUAUGAGUAACCUGUUGUAUAAAACUCCGACAUGUGGAUACGCAAAGAAAGUUGCUGCCAAAGGGAAAGGCAAGGGCAUCGUGAAAGAUGUGCUGAAGGGGCCAGAGGUGUGUAAGGACCCUGUGAAGCUCACCUCUCAUGCUGUCGGAGUCAACAUUUUUAAGCAAGGAGACAACCCUGCACUUAAACCACACAAGGAAUACCCAGAGUGGCUGUUCCAGUUACAGCUGGGUCCCCUUAAGGAUAUCCAUGAGCUGAAGCCAGAUAGCCGUGAAUACUGAAAGGUCCUGAGGAAGGAGCACGUGGCGCUUUAACAGGUUACACAUAGGGAAGAAGCUGUAGGACCUGGGGCAGCGAUCAGCUGCUCUACAGAACGGUGUUCUCUGGACACCAGACACUAUAGCACAGCUGUAACUUGACUGAGUCAAUACUCUCAGCCUGUAUGUCAUCUUUCUGCUGAAAAGGAAUAACCCAUCACCUCGAGAACUUGGACUUUGUACUGUAAAAUAAGGCAAAUAGAAAGACCUGGAUUUUGAAUCCAUCUCAACUUUUGCAUUUUGAUUUCUAAUCUCAAAUGUUACCAUGUGUAGGCUUCUUUGAAAAGGAUGACGCAUACAGACAUGUUAUUUUAGAAUUAUGUGAGGGAAUGAGUUUUGAUUCACACCUUGCAGAUAGCAUCUGUAAUACUCUGUGAACAUACAAAAUGAUUUAUCUUUUGUCUCUCCCUGCUGUCUCAGUAUGUGUAGCCCAUCUAUGAUGCUGUCUGUUCAAGAAGUGUAUGACAUUGUUGGAGGUAUACAAAGCGUGUGAAAAGUUAGGAUUUGGCUUGACACCAAUCACAUCAGAAGCAAAACGUCAUUGACAGAAACAAACUUGAAUUGUUGUGUCGUUGUCCUCCGGUGGCUAGCUAGCUAAAAUCGUCCCUUUUCAUGGAUAGAGACAGGGAUUUGGAGUUUUGGUUUUACUUUAUUCUCCGUGCUGGCCAAUUAUUAUAAGGGAGAUUCUGAUCCAACCAUAAAUUCAAACAUUGUGCCCCUGGCCUGAGAGGAUGGAAGUUCAACAUGUAGCUAGAUGUAGUUCGCUAAUUUUAAUUAACUGGCCUGGUGUAUCGUUGCCCAUGAAAUGAAGUUAGGCUAGCGAGCAAGCAUUUAAGUCAGGUAGCCUAGGGCAACAACAACUAUAAAAGUGUAGGAUGGCAUUUGCAUUUCCCUACAAGUAGGGUGAGUCAACAUGUUUUUUCUACUUACACACACACAGAACUCAGUCCCAUGGACAGCCACAUCAUAUUUAGCUUAAGUUGAUUGGACUAAAUAGUUGUUGGUAUCUUUUAGUAGUCAGAUGAAAUGUAGCACAUGGGGAUGUGUGAAACUUACUCCUCAGCCUGAAGUGUCCACACUUGCGCCAGCUAAUAGCUAGCUUUUCGCGUAGCACCGACUGGUAAGACGUUACAGGAGGGCGGUCACGUGUGCUAGCACCGCAGAGGUCCCAAGUUCGCGUUCAGAAAAAUGAAGGCCUUGUUUAUUCUCGUCACUUGUCAGUGAGAGAACACCUAAAUACCUUUUGAGAUCUGCUUAUUUCGUGCAAGAUUUUGUGUAUCAAUGGUGAAUAGAAUGACUGUUUUGAUUAUUCUGUAAGUGAUUAUUCUACACAGUGGCGUGUUCAUGGAUGCCAAGGGAAGCCAGGCUUCCCCAAAUAUUUGACCAAUACCAAAAUAUUAAUAAAAUUAUAUUUCGUCUCUGUUUUCAUAA